AUUUCGUCACAUGACCCUGAUUAACGCGCAGCUAUCUUUCCGGAAUGAGGCAGUGGCUGGAAAUGUAAAUAAUAUAGAUUUUGUGGGGAAAACAGCAUAAAGAAAUGAGCAGCUGUCAGAUUUGAGAAGAAUCUAACGGCGACGAUGGAAACACUGGAUUUAAAACACGUCUUAUUCCGAAAUGCACUUUAACAACUCCGCGGACAUUUUAGCGCGGUGUUUCCAAUUCAACCUGCAUGGUUUGUGGACGCAGGCAAUUAAAGAUAAGGACAGUCCGGUGGGACUCCUUGGUUUCAUGUCCUUAAAUGUGCCACUACAGUCGUGACCCCUGAGCGAAGCAGUGCCCGUGACGCCAUGGCCACGCAUCCUUUCGGUCGUGAGGCGGAGACCUCACUCCAGGACCUCUUUGAGUACUUUAAGAGGUGCCUGCAGCAUGGAGAGUGGGAACUGGCCUGUGCCUGUGUCCCACAGCUGCUCAACUCCACAGGAGGCCUUUCAGCAAACGUUAGAGGCAUAAUUAAAGCUAUAAUCUGCCAUCCUUACAGUUUGACAUGGGAAUCGGUGGGAAGUCCACACAAGUUGGCCUGGUUUUGGCUACAGGUCCUUGAGAAAUGGACAGAGGAGCAGGUUUCUCCAAGUGUUAGGAGAGAGCUGGAGUUUAUGUUGCUACUGGAGGAGCUGGGCUCAGAGGGUAUACCCGAUGGCACGCUCAAGGAGCUGCACCAGGUCUUCCUAGACGCACAGUCAGACCAACCAGCUAUUAUGUGUUUAAGGACAUCAAAGGCUGCUGUUGACUCUAGCCUCCAAACCCUAUUGGAGCGAAAGAAACCCAGCCUGGCCCAGUGUUUAGCACAAUUUUUAGAGGACCAGUCAUGCACAGAGAACCAUUAUCUGCAGCACACGUUUAUCCAACACCUGAUGAAUAAAUUAGCAAAGCCAGAGAGGAACCCGGAGUGGGUGGAGGACAUAUAUGCAGUGUUGGCUGUGAUGCCGUGGAGCUCUCAGAGAAGCGGUGGGCAGUUUGAGGCACUCUGUGAAGUACUGUGGGGAGCCAAAGACGACACCCUGAAUGAGGAAAGGAUCCUGAACUCGCUGCUUCGUCCUCGGAGUGAUGCUCUGGUUUCUAUGUUUUGCUCCACUGCAAUAAGGCUCCAGAGAGAUUGUCUCCUGAGAAACAUGCCCAAUACACAAGCUGACCUCCCCGAAGCGGAGAAGCUGGCCCUCAGUUUAUGUUGCCACAAAGAUCGACCCUCUGCCUGGAAGAUGGUCUAUUUUGAGUGCCUUAGCAGUGGGAAGCACUUCCUGGAACAGGUGUUGGUCACUGGGCUUGACCUGAUGAAACACGAAGAGUUUUCUCAACUGAAAGACCUGCUGCAGCUGGAGUUCCAGCCACUGUCUCGUCUGCUGCUGCUCCUGGGAUGGACCCAGUGUCGUAGUCUGAGCUCAGCUCAAAAGCUGCUCAGCGUCCUCCAUAGAGAGCAGGCACCAUCCAAUGACUCUGUUCUCCAGGAAUUUGCAAAUCUUUUGUCCUCUCAGCUUAAAAUUUUGGAAUGGUGUAAAAACAACAAUCCAGCCAUCUCCACGGAGGCAUUGCUGGCACAGCUGCACACUCUAGACAGUCACUCUGCUCUAUAUAUCCUGAAUUCCCUGACACCUCUACCUCAGUUCGAGGAGCGCAGGAUACUGGAUUUGCUGCACCAGUUGCCAACUUCAUUAGGAACAGAUGACACCAGCCCCGGUGUGCAGCGAAACAUAGUUUUGUUCCAGGGGUUUUGUGCCAUGAAGUAUGCCAUCUACGCUCUCUGUGUAAAUGCACAUCAGUAUUCAAACUGCCCAGAGUUCACGUCAGUGCACCAGCAACAGCUCAGUGAAGCAGAAGUGGACCAAACCUCAACAUCCUCAGACGGCUGCCGUUUGCAGUUCCACCAAUACUUGUCAGAGUGCCAGCUUUAUCUGGAGGCUGUUCCUGCCAUGUUUCGCCUGGAGCUUCUGGAGAACAUCUUUUCCCUUCUCUUUCUGUCCACUGCUGACUUUGUGCAACAGAAUCCAAAAGAUUCAAACUCCAAUCUAAAGACAGGACAUGCAAAUCAGGAUAGUUUACCCCAUUCAGAAGUAAGAGCAAAAGAAAAGAUAGAUGAUACUGAGGACAGCAGGAAGGAGAGCCAGAAGUGUUGUGCGAGUUCCUCCACAGCAGCCCACAAUGCACACCUAGACCUGAGUCACCUUAUCCAGGGCUGCAGAGGGUUUCUGGUUGAUGUGACAGCAAUGGAAGGUUUUCUGAAACUGCUGAAAGAAGGGCUGGAGGGCAUGUGUGUGGUGGGCCAGCGGGAGGGUCAGGAGGCAGGAAGAGCCCUUUCUCGGGAGGCUGAAGCAGCAGAGUGUCUUGGCUGCUCCGUGACGGCUGAGACGUUCGGAAGCCGUCUGCAAAGGCUGUCCAAACGUACGGCAGAGGCUCAGUGGAGGCUGCAGAUCAUCACCAGCAACCAGGCCACUGGAAGUGGUUCAGAAAGUCCUCUGCUGACGUCAUCUUUUAGUUGCACCGUCACCUCACAGCGACACAGCAAGAGCUCGAGUCUGCGGAGGAGGCGAAAACCAGGGAGGCAUGUUACAGAAAGACAGAGCUCCAUAGAGAAGCACAAUGGAGAAGUUAGCACGAGUGCAUCAGAUGGUGGAGGAUCAGCAAUAGCAAGUUGUGUGGAAGUUGAUGUUUGUCCCUGCGGAGGUCCCCACAGCUGGCUGGUCCCUGCCAUGUUGUCCCCUCCAGAGUCUCUGCUAAUUUCUUGCAUCCGCAGAGGAAACUUCAUGGAGGCGCGGCAGGUGUCUCUGGUGUUCGAUCUUGGGUCGUCUGCCUGUUGUGGCGAAUUAGUGUUCAUGGAGCGCUACAAAGAAGUCCUGGGGGAGUUGGCCCAAGUGGAGCAGAAGAUGGAGAAGCAGUCUGUGUCCUCAUCGUCGUCCUCUUCAGAGGGCUUGGCUUCAACAGCUGCAUCGGGGGUAGGGAGGACUCGCCUGGGCAGCAGUGGGCGCUCAACACUGCAGGCCAUCGGAAGCGCCGCUGCAGCAGGUGUGGCUGUCUACUCCAUCUCAGACAUUGCUGACCGUCUCCUCAGCACCCCUGCUCACCCCAUGCCCACCCUGGAAGACUGCUACUGGCUGAGCUGCUGCUCCUCGGACCCAUCUGGCCUCCUUUACACGCUCCUGGAUGAGCUCAGCCCAGCAGCCAUGGCUGCCUUUGACCUCGCGUGCUGUCACUGUCUUCUCUGGAAGACGUCUCGACAGCUGCUGGACACAGCUGAGCGCAGGCUCAGCAGCUCUCUGGAGGAUCGAGGUGUACGAGUUGACCCUAAGGUGCCUCAUGCUGAGGGGAUCUGUGGAUUUCCCAUGGUGUUACAACAGAUCAACAAGAUCCUGAAUCACUCUGUGACUAAUAAGGGCUCUGUGAAAACAGAAACGGUUGAAGACCAAGUGUUUGCCAGUCCCUUUGGUUGCUGCGCUCAGGAAGUUCUCCUCUGUUGCCACCCGAUACUAAGAGAGGAAAACAUUGCUUUUCGACUGGGUCUUACCCAACGCUUGGAGACCACCCUGCACAAUCUGAGUACUGCGACAGAUGGCGCAGAGGGCAGCGUGGGCAGUGCACUUCUGGCACUGUUGGUGGAACAGGCCAAUCUGAAGCAGUCAGAACUGGAUGUGCACCGCGUUCGCUCCAGCAUGAAGCAGCUGCUCCGUUCUCUGGACCAGCUCUGCCCCUUCGAGCCAGACAGAGACCUUGCCAGACCAGAUUACGUGCGCAGUUUCUUCGACUAUGUCAAUACGCUAGCAUCUGUGCUGGUGCGCAGUCUCUGUUCAGAAGAUCAGAGCACUGAAGUGAAGCUUGGAAAUCCCCUGUUGGUAUUGCUUCAGUCCCCAUUUCAGCUUAUCUCCCAUCUCUUAUUUGAGAGACAGGUGCCUCCUGACAGAGUGCUGUCCUUGCUGCAGCAGGAAGGCCUGCGACUGAACGUUCAGCAGGUGAUUGUCCAGCGCUGCUGCGAGACGUUGCCUCUGUGGUUUUCCUCUCCUCCUGCCGGGGUGAAAACGGACGAUGGCCAGUUUGGCAUUGCUAGUUUGUGUGUCCUGCUCCAGCAGCACGCUCAGGAGCACCUGCCCACCCUGGGGAUUGCAGAGCCUCAGUCUGAUGAAAGCUCUGAGUCUGAGGGUUCUCUGGAGGACCACUCUGCUACAUCUUCCACCUUUUCCAACUUCCCACCUUCCAGCUCAUCUUCCUCCUUAUCUUCAUCAAACUCUUUUCUCCUCACGCCAUCAGCCUUGUCUUUCCUAAAGUCUCGUUCCCCUUUACUGGCCACACUCGUGUGUCUGAGUGCCUGCAAAGGUGAAACAGCCAAGACACAGUCCUCCGGAUGGUCUGGAUACUUCCGCAGUGGGCGUAAAGAGGUUGUCCUUGAUGGGGAGCAGAUUUGCCGUGAGGUAGAUAAGCUUUUAAAAGAGUUCCCCAUUCUCCGUUCUUACCUUCACACCAUGGCUGAACCAGUACUGGGCACCCCGUUAAGUGAGAACGAGGAUGGCUCUGCUGGAUUAGGCGCGGUUGUUUGUGGGAAGCCUCUAGUCAGUCUCCUGCUGUCUGGGCCACAAGAGGAAGUAGCUCAGGCUGUGGCUGCUGAUGCCUUCAAGAAGGCUCUCAUCUCUAAAGACCUGAACAGAGCCCUCAGCCUGCUGGAACUGUAUGGACAAGGUUGCAGCCAGGAGGGGGCGCUAAGAGACCAACUGCUUGCCUGUGCAGCAUUAGAAGAUGGAGAUAAAGGCAUAGGUCAGUUGUUCCGCGUACAGGAUGCAAACCUGCGGGCCCGUGUUGCUUUGCAGGGUCUGGAGCGAUGGCCUCUGGCCGCCUGUCUGGAGCUGCUCAAAUUCUGCCUCAAUGAUCCGAGCACAGACGCCUCACUGAGGACAGAGGUGGAGCUCAGGAAGAAAGAGUUGGACAUCUACGAGAAGAUGCUGAACUUAGAGCCUUCCUUGCCUUGGGCCACAUGGCAGGAGAUUAGGCUCGAGUCUAAAACCAAAUCUGAGUCCAUGUUAUCAAUGAUGCUGGAGGCAAAAGAGUUUGCUCUUUGUGCACAAUGGGUGGAGAUGAACUCUGUGUCUGACCAGCUGAAACUGCAGCUAAAGACUGAACAUUUGCUUCAUCUGCUGGAGAAUGCGAAGACAAACGAGGCUUUCCAGAUGCUUGAGGGCCUCUCUGAUGUUGUGGGCCUAGACGUAUGCGAGCGGGCCCUGGACCGCCGCCCUGUGCUGGCUGCCUGUCACUUCCUGGCCGACUACCUCACCCUGCAUUUCCAGAGGCAGGUGUCUCCAGCACGUCGGCGACACAUCCACGCCCUUCACCUGGGCUCUAAGGUGCUGUUGACGCUGCCACCAGCAGCCAGGCAGGACUAUUUCUCGCUGCUCUCAGAGCCUCUACUGAUGCUUGAACAGUUGCUGAUGAACCUCAAAGUGGACUGGGCCGAGGUGGCAGUGCGGACCCUGCAGAGCCUGCUUGUUGGCCAGGAGGCUGGCUUUGGUGUGGAGGACAUUGAUAAGCUUCUGUCAGAAUAUGCCCGCAAGGCCCUUGACUUCUCCUGUGCCCCUCGAGAGAGGUCUCGAUCAGACUCUGUAAUCAGCCUCCAGGAUGCACUGAUGAUGUGCCCUGCUCAAGACAGUAUCUCUCUGUCGUCCAGCCGAUUCGACUCUCCUGUGCCCUCUGCAAGCAGCACACCUACACACACAGCGUCCCAACACAACACAGAGAGUCAGAGGGAUCGAAGCUCAGCAGGGAGGAAACGCAGUUCGCCUGUCAAGUUCAAGCCCCCAGACCAACCUCCAGCCCGUAAAGACUGGGUCCCAGACACCAAACACCAUGUGUGCAUGGUCUGCCGCCGCGAGAGGUUCACCAUGUUCAACAGACGCCAUCAUUGUCGUACAUGCGGCCGCUUGGUUUGCCAUGCUUGCUCUGAGCACAAGAUGGCUGUAGAGGGAUGUCCAGGAGACGACGUGCGAGUCUGUGACCAGUGUUACGCCUACUUUCACCCAGAUUCUGAUGAUGAGUUGGAACCAGCUGAAGUGGCCGGCAGCCCUGUGCUGACAGAGCAAGACUUAGACGGAAUGCUGCAUCUGCCGGAAGUGGUCCAUCGUCAGGUCCACCUCACUACAGACCCUGGAGAGAACCAGCUGCUCCGCUGUGAGUUCUACUAUGAACAGGCUCCCAGCGCAUACCUCUGCGUGGCCAUCCUGUCUCUGCACAGUGACCAGGGCUCCUGUGGACGCCAGCUCAUCAGCCACUGUCGCGAUCUGUCUUGCAAGCUGACCAACCCGGAGGUGGACGCCUGCCUCCUCACAGACAUAAUGCGUCAGCUGCUGUUCAGUGCCAAGCUGAUGUUUGUUAAAGUAGGCCGCAGCCAGGACCUCGCCCUGUGUGACAGUUACAUCAGUAAAGUUGACGUGCUCAAGAUUCUGGUCACGGCCAACUAUACCUACGUUCCUUCUCUGGAUGACAUCUUGGAAACAUCGGCUGUCACACGUCUUCGCAAUCAGCUGCUGGAGGCGGAGCACUACCAGCUGGCAGUGGAGGUGUCUACCAAGAGUGGCCUAGACCCGAGUGGUGUCUGGCAGGCAUGGGGGAGGGCCUUGCUGAAAUCAGGGAACCUCUCAGGAGCAAGGGAGAAGUUUUCCCGCUUUCUCAAGGCACCAGUGGACCGGAACCAGCUCAACUUGGGUCCCCUAUUGGUGCAGGAGAUUGUUCAGCAUCUGGAGACCAGUGUGAGAUUGACUCUGUCCAUGACUUUUAGUGAGGAUGUCCUGGCAUCCCUGCGGGAGCUGGAGGACGCUCUGGCUGACAGAGCUCCUGUGGAGCGAUCAGAAGGACUGAUGAAGAACUGCAGCCUCCACCAGGAGUGUCUCUACUACCUGAACACAUAUGGCUCACACUUAGCUCUGAUCAGCUACUACAUGCGUCACGACUGCAUGACUGAGGCCUUGACAUACUUGCUCAACAAGGAAUGCCCAGAGGAGGUUUUUCUGGAGGGUGUGUUGCAGCCCAGUCUGGAGCAGGGUCGUCUUGGCAGGCUGCAGGAUGUAUUGGAAAAACUGGACCCAGGCCUGGAGACAUGCAGUCGUUACCUCAUUGCUUCCUGCCAGUUUCUGCAGCGCCGAGGAUACUUUCAUACCCUGUACCAGUUCCAGCAGUUCAUGAUGGAUCACGUCCGUGCGGCCAUGACCUGCAUCAGGUUCUUUACAAAUGGAGCGACCUCAUACGUGCAGCUGGGAGAACAGCAGCGUUGGUUGGUCAGAGCCAAAGAGCACCUGAGGACGUACCUGCAGGAGCAGCAGGGCCGAGGCCCUGGGAGGAAAAAGUCUCAGGUCAACUCAUUUAGGAAGAUGAUGUCGUCCAGUGACGUGUCCAGACACAUUAACACUGUCGAGCUCCAGCUGGAGGUGACUCGGUUCCUCCAACGCUGUGAGACAGCUGGUACCUCGAAGGAUUCACAGCCAGGCACUCUCACAUCAAAGUCCCCUGCGUCCAAUUCGCCGCCUACACUGUUCUUUGGAAAUCCCAUGAAGGUUGAAGUUGCCUGUAAGGUCAUGCUUGGAGGGAAGAACAUAGAAGAAGGAUUUGGCAUCGCAUACAGGGUCAUACAGGAUUUCCAGCUGGAGGCCCAGGCUGUCUACGUGCGGGCUGGCCAAAGACUUGUCCGACAAAAGCAGUACGGAGCUGUGCGGCAGCUACUCAAAUGUGUAAGCGAGUCGGGCACCGCUACCAAAAACGACUGCGAUGCUCUCGUCCUCAGCUGCGUUUCUGUCGCCGAUAAGGGACCGGCAAAUGCAAAGGAGCUGGAAAGUCUAAUUGUGGAGACCAAGAAUCCAGAAAGCAAGAUCAAAGCCUACUUGUUGUGUGGUAAGCUGCGGCCGGCGUAUCUGCUGGCGGUCAAGCUGGAGCCGACCCGGGCGCGACCGUUGGUCCAGGACGUCCUUCAGGCCGCAGAGGGAGCACAAGACUCUGUGAUGCAGAACAUCUGUCGUCAGUGGCUGUCCGAACAUCAGCACAAGUCAUGUCAGCAGCGCCAAAGCAGACCCAAUGCAAGGUAAAGGCAAAGUUGGCAAAACUGGGGGUUUACACAGAGGAUUUCAUUCCAUUUGACUCUGCUGCCAUCAUUCUAACUCUUCAGCAUAGCAUAUACUGUCAUUCUAUGAGUUUUCUGCAGCAGUAGGUUACCUAAGGUACCAAAGAUGGAACCAACAUGCUGUGAGCUUAUUAGAUUUCAUGCAUUGGAGAGGCAGCAGUGCUCUCAAGACCCAACACUCUUGGAUGUGUUAACUCGUGUCCCCUUUCUAGUAAACUAGUUAUAAGGCCUCAGGUUUUAAAACUGCACAUUCAGAUAUUUUAAAAUAAAUUCAGAUAUUUUUGUCACAGAUUUAUUUUAUUUCAUGAUCAUCUCUGCUUGAAAAAAGAUGCUGACGUACAUGCACAAGCUUCAGCCCUAUAUCAAUGCUAUUGCGCCUUGAUUGAUUGAUUAGGUUAGACCCAUGAAAUUGCUUGAUGGUGACAGUAUAGUGAAUGUAUGCUAAGGAGCUAGUAUGGGAUACAGCAGUCAAAAUCAUGUUGACAUCUAUGCUCAGCUUCAACACAAGACUCAAUAAGAAAUCUUUAUAUGGCGCUUCACGGAGUCUGGAAAAGGUGACCCGUUCCGUAAAUGCUGUGGCGUUGUGAACUCCAUGACUGCAAAGCUGUGAUGACGUGCACAACAAAGCGUGCUCACACGACCAGGUGUGUUGAGACAUGAAACAGACGAGACACUUUCAGAGAUCCUGUCCACAAAGGAUGGUGACGCACAGGGUUUUGGCCUGGUGUCAGGUUACUCUCUAGCUCUAGACUUUGACCUUCACUCUGUACAACCAACAAUACCGACGUGCUUUUUUUCGAUUGUGGAAAUGCUUGGAUGGUAUCUCAACUGCACAGUAUUUUAGAGAGAACAACGUUAUUACACCAGAAUGACAUGUUACGUAACAGAUGUGAACAAUUACACAAUGAACGCUUAUCUUUAAUCUAAUUAGGAUUUCUAACCUACCUCAACCUAAAGGGAAAUGUCUUUAACUGACUGUUAAAUGUGUUUCUCAUGUUAUUUACUUCAUCCCUAUUUUGAGUUUUUAGUCCGUAUACGUCCAACGUAUUUGCAAUGAUGCCUGGAGACUACAUGAUCAAACCUUGACAAAAAAAUAAAAAUGAAGACCUUAUUUUUCUAAUCCUGAAUGAAACCACUUCCUGUUUGACCUGGCACUGUGUUUACGUGGCCAGCUUUUAGCUUUGAUUGAUUGAUUAGGGGAAUUAAUAUAAUUACGGGCAUUUAAAAUGUUCUUUAGUGAUUUAGAAAAAGUAACUGUGGAUACUAAAAGGGAACCGGCCAUGGAAGUUUGAAUUCAUAACCAGAAAGCUGUUUUCAUUGUUUUCUUUAUGUCUAGUAUUUUUGUGUCAUUCUAUCUGUGGGCCUUUGGUUCUGAUUUCUCAGUGUUCGUUUUAAAUCAGAUUUGCUCUUUUCUCACAAGUGAGGCAAGUAAGCUACUAAUAAUUUACUUGAUCACAUAAUGAAGUCAAAUAACGUCUGAGAAAAGGGAUUAAUUUGUUUCUAUACGUUGUCUUUUGAUGCGUGUUGUUGCCUUUGCCUGUUACAAUGUAAAUCUAAAUAGUUAAUAAUUAGCUCACGGACAUGACAAUCACUCAUGUUGCUGUACCCGAGUGUUUACAAGUGCAUUUCCGGGCUUUUGUGAACCAGUGGUCAACACGUACCUCCUCAUUUAGAGAAGACACGGUGUCGUCCCAUCGUCUCGCUUGCCUGUGCUGCACUGACGACUGACACUGACGGAGCUUUCAGUGACGCUGAGUGAUAACAUGAGAAGUAGCCAGCUUUAAAAUGCACUCUAACCUUCCUCAGUUCAGACUGUUGUCUCAUCACUGCCGCACUUUAUACAGAGUUAAAAAUGUACAGUAAAAACACAUAAAAAAAGUGAUGAUAACUGCUUUAAUGAUGCAGGUACUAAUGAGUGUCAAAUGUAAUUGAUGUUGUUAUCCAUUGUAAAAUAAAGCAAAAAUAAAAUCAAACCUGUACUGAAAA